AUGCAGGCACUCCCGUCACCACCGGCCAGCUUCUUGGGCAAGAAGAACAAGAUCCUGCAGCAGCUGGCAGUCCCUGAUUCUGAGUACGCAGAUGCGUCUCCGAAGGGGUCUGUUGACGUUGGGAUUCGCGAUCUGAUCGCAGAAAUCAACGACUUUGAGGGCCUGGUAACAACGAGCAGCUGUGCAGGGAGAGUGAGUGUUUUCCUCGAGGGGAGAAAGCAUUCUGAAACUGGCGACGAUGAGCGCCUAGCCCAAACAACAACAGCCGGAGUGGGAGGGAAAGGAGGUGGAGGAGCGUGGCUGUUUGUUUCCCAUGAUCCAGUGACAAAGGGUGAUGAAACCUGGAUGGACUCCCUAUUGUGCUCGGAAGAGGCUCAAAAAGAAGUAGCUGAGUUUCAAGGAGAGAGACGUUUAAUCCAUUUUAAAUUCGAGCCCAUGAUUCUUCACGUUCUUUCGGCAUCUGCCGCCCACGCUCAACUUAUCCUACGCUGUGCUUUACAAGCUGGAUUUCGAGAGUCAGGCGCUGUGAGCCUGACUCCAUCAGCAACUGAACAGCAACCGACCCCAGUGGUUGCGAUCCGGUCAAUGGGACUAAGCUUUGAGUCGCUAAUUGGAUAUCAAAUCGGCGACCGAAGAGCAAGCCUGGUAUCACCUGACUACCUUCGGAUCCUGAUGUCCAUCGCCACAGAAAGAUUUGCAGAGAACACUAAGCGGAUCGAGAGAUUUCUUUCUGCUUUCCGAGACGCAAUAUCCACUCCAUUCUCUGUGAGAAGAAAUCCAGAUGGUCAGGAGUGGGAGGAUGCAGCUGAAAGGCGGGAAAGAAAGCGGGCAGAGGGUCUAAGAAGAAAGGCAGAGCUUCAAGCCGAAAAAGCCAAACAGGACCCAACACCCAACGAGCCUGAUGAAGCAAACGUAGAUCAAACGUCAAGUUUCCUCCCUGGCUCAUAA